AUGGAAUUAAACACAUCUUCUCAUGUCCAACCUAAUUGGAUGGCUACACAACAACAACAACUGAAUAAACAUGAACAAUCUAUACAAAAUUUAAUGAUAGCCUGUAUAUAUCUUUGUCAACAAGACAAUUCUAUUAAUAUGCUUGAGCCGUUAUGUGUUCUACUUGAAAAGUUGGGGGUAGAAUUGUUACCAGCUGAAACAUCAUGUGUUUCUUAUAGAAACAAUAAGGCUGCAUUUUGCUUUAUUCAGCACAUCGCUAGUUGCUUACAUGAAGAGUUAGUUGAAAAAAUAAAAGCAAGUCCAGUUGCUGCGUGGAUGUUAGAUGAAAGUACUUCACGAUGUACUGAAAAAACAUGUAUCAUAUACGUGAGAUACAUCGAAAAUAACGAAGCUAAAACAUCGUAUUAUGGUCUUUUGGAUUUACAAGGUGAUGGAACUGCUAAAAGUAUCGUAAAUACGUUGUUAAUUUUAUGGCGAAAGGAUAACAUAAACGGAAAAAACUCGUGUUGGUUGUCAACGGACAACGCUUCAACGUUUAUUGGUGUAAAUGAGGGCGUUAUUGCUAAACUACGCAAUCAUCUAGGUACUGAUUGUUUGGAAUCUAACACUUGUGCGGCGCAUUCUUUUGCACUUGUUGGUUCGCAAGCAUCAUAUAAACCGAAAAGUCAAAGCAAUGAACAACCUGUUCUAGCUGAUUCUGUCGUUAAACUUGAAAAAAUAAUUAGUAAAAUUUAUACUUAUUUUAACAAGAGUGCCAACCGGCAGUUCAAGUUCAAAUCUUGGCAGAAUUUCAUGGAAAUUGCCGAGCUCAAGGUCAAAAGAAUUUUUGAAAUUCGAUGGUCUUCAAUACGUGAUUGUAUUAAACCGAUAAUUGCUAAUAUUCAACCAGGAUCACAAGCACUAAUUGGAUAUUUAGAAGAAGCUAUGCGAGAUUUUAAAAUAUCUGUUGGUGAACGUGAACAUUCAAAACAAUUAUUAAAUUUAAUAUUAGAUGACGAAUUUCUCUUGCUAAUACACAUGCAUUACGAUCUACAUGAAUCUGUGCUUGGACCAAUUACAAAAAUGAUGCAAAAUGAUCACCUUUCGUAUUUCAAUCUAAUGGAGAUGUUGAAAGAAAAAAAAGCAAUAUUAUGUGGUUGGACAUUUGAAUCGGCAUCAGAUACAGGUCCUGUGUUAUGUGACUAUCUUGAAUCAUCAAAAAAUGGAUUGUUUGGUGCAUUUAAGAUAACUCUCGGUGAUCGUAAAAAAAUUUUGUACAAUUGUCGUGAACAUAUUAAUCGAUUACUUCAAGAAUUAGCUCGACGAUUUCCACGAUCCGUUCUUCAAGAAAGUUUUUCAGUGCUCUUUGAUCCAGAUUAUUUGGUUCAACAUAAAGAACAGAUUAGUUCAAAUGAAUAUGGUCGGUCUGCACUUAAUGUUCUACGCAAAAAGUAUAAAAACUUUACAGAUUUUGACUUUAAUUCUGUUCGAAACGAAUGGGAAUCUUUUAAAGCUUCACUAUAUGAUUAUGUAAAUAGUCUUUCAACUGAUUAUCCAGUUAAAGACUUCUGGAAAAGCUUUAUUUUACAAAAACAGUCGAUAAAUAACGUUUUUUGCCGUGAGUUUAAAAACAUUUUGCUUUUGCUCAACGUGUAUUUAAUUUCGCCGACAAAUUCGACGGAAUGUGAACGAGGAGUAUGUUGA